UCGGGACAGCCGCCGCCAGCGCCCCGGCUCCAGUCCGCGUGGACGACGCGAGUGUGGGGAGCAGCAGCGCGGCGGGAGUCGCGUUCCCCGCUCGCCGUGGCCGUGGCCGCCGCGAUGGACAACGUGUCCUCGCCGGAGCUGGCGCCCGAGGGCAACGCGUCCUGCCCCGUCCCGGAGCUCGGCUGCCCCAACGCGUCCGGAACGCCGCCGCCCCCGCUGCCGCCCCCGCUGGCCGUGGCGGUGCCGGUGGUCUACGCCGUCAUCUGCGCCGUGGGGCUGGCGGGCAACUCGGCGGUGCUGUACGUGCUGCUGCGGGCGCCGCGCAUGAAGACGGUCACCAACCUGUUCAUCCUCAACCUGGCCAUCGCCGACGAGCUCUUCACGCUCGUGCUGCCCAUCAACAUCGCCGACUUCCUGCUGCGCCGCUGGCCCUUCGGGGAGCUCAUGUGCAAGCUCAUCGUGGCCAUCGACCAGUACAACACCUUCUCCAGCCUCUACUUCCUCACCGUCAUGAGCGCCGACCGCUACCUGGUGGUGCUGGCCACGGCCGAGGCGCGCCGGGUGUCCGGACGCACCUACGCGGCGGCGCGCGCCGUCAGCGUGGCCGUCUGGGGCGUCGUGACGCUCGUGGUGUUGCCGUUCGCCAUCUUUGCCCGGCUCGACGAGGAGCAGGGCCGGCGCCAGUGCGUGCUGGUCUUCCCGCAGCCCGAGGCCCUGUGGUGGCGGGCGAGCCGGCUCUACACGCUGGUGCUGGGCUUCGCCAUCCCGGUGUCCGCCAUCUGCGUCCUCUACACCACGAUGCUGUGCCGGCUGCGCGCCAUCCGCCUGGACAGUCACGCCAAGGCGCUGGGCCGCGCCAAGAAGCGCGUGACGCUGCUGGUGGUGGCCAUCUUGGCCGUGUGCCUGCUGUGCUGGACGCCCUACCACCUGAGCACCGUGGUGGCGCUCACCACCGACCUCCCGCAGACGCCGCUGGUCCUCGCCGUCUCCUACUUCAUCACCAGCCUCAGCUAUGCCAACAGCUGCCUCAACCCCUUCCUCUACGCCUUCCUGGACGACAGCUUCCGCAAGAGCCUCCGCCAGCUGCUCGCCUGCCGCCCUGAACCCUGAGGCCCCCGCGUCCCCG